UGUGGUAUCAUUAAGAUUUAACAUUUUUUUCCGUACGAGUUAAGUAGUUUGUACCAUCGUCUUUUGGUUUGAAUAUAAAAGCUUUCAUGGCAACGUACCAAGAGUUUAUCCAACAGAAUGAGGAUCGGGACGGGGUGCGCUUCAGCUGGAAUCUGUGGCCUUCAAGCCGGCUGGAGGCCACCAGGCUGGUGGUGCCGGUGUCCUGCCUGUUCACCCCGCUGAAGGAGCGGCCCGACCUGCCCCCAGUGCAGUACGAGCCCGUGCUCUGCAGCCGGGCUAACUGCAAGGCAGUCCUCAACCCCCUCUGUCAAGUCGACUUCAGGGCCAAAAUAUGGGCGUGCAACUUCUGCUUUCAGAGAAACCCGUUUCCUCCAUCAUAUGCGGGUAUAUCAGACAUGAACCAGCCUGCAGAGCUUAUGCCGCAGUUCUCCACUAUUGAGUACAUCGUACAGCGCGGCCCUCAGACGCCCCUGAUCUUCCUGUACGUGGUGGACACCUGCCUGGAGGAGGAGGACCUGCAGGCGCUGAGGGAGUCUCUGCAGAUGUCCCUGAGCCUGCUGCCCCCCAACGCCCUGGUGGGCCUCAUCACCUUCGGCCGCAUGGUGCAGGUCCACGAGCUCAGCUGCGAGGGCAUCGCCAAGAGCUACGUCUUUCGCGGCACCAAGGAGCUCACCGCCAAGCAGAUCCAGGAGAUGCUGGGCCUGAUGAAGCCAGCCAACCCCGGCCCGCAGGGCCGUCCACCUGCAGCUCAGGAAGCCCCUGUGGCCUGCAGGUUCCUGCAGCCGGUGCACAAGGUAGACAUGAACCUGACGGACCUUCUGGGAGAGCUGCAGAGGGACCCAUGGCCGGUUCCCCAGGGGAAGAGACCUCUGCGCUCCACUGGCAUUGCCCUGUCCAUCGCCGUGGGACUGCUGGAGGGCACCUUCCCCAAUACUGGGGCCCGUGUGAUGCUCUUCACAGGGGGGCCCCCCACCCAGGGCCCCGGCAUGGUGGUGGGAGACGAGCUGAAGACCCCCAUCCGCUCCUGGCACGACAUCCAGAAGGACAACGCACGCCACCUGAAGAAAGCCACCAAGUAUUACGAAGCCUUGGCGAACCGGGCCGCUGUGAACGGACACUGCAUCGAUAUCUACGCCUGUGCCCUGGACCAGACGGGACUGCUGGAGAUGAAGUGCUGCUCCAACCUCACCGGGGGCCACAUUGUCAUGGGGGACUCGUUCAACACGUCCCUGUUCAAGCAGACCUUCCAACGGGUCUUUAGUAAGGACUACAAUGGGGAGUUCCGCAUGGCAUUCGGGGCCACUCUGGAAGUGAAGACAUCGAGGGAGCUGAAGGUCUCCGGGGCCAUUGGGCCAUGCGUGUCUCUCAAUGCCAAGGGGCCCUGUGUUUCAGAGAAUGAAAUGGGUAUUGGCGGUACCACCCAGUGGAAAGUGUGCGGCCUCAGCCCCUCCACCACACUGGCUAUGUACUUUGAAGUCGUAAAUCAGCACAACGCGCCGAUUCCCCAGGGCGGCAGAGGGGCCAUUCAGUUUGUCACCCAUUACCAGCACUCCAACACACAGAGGAGGAUCAGGGUCACCACUGUGGCCAGAAACUGGGCUGAUGCACAGUCGCAGAUACAGCACAUCGAGUCAUCGUUUGACCAGGAGGCGUCAGCUGUGCUGAUGGCACGGCUGGGCGUGUUCCGGGCGGAGUCGGAGGAGGGCCCCGACGUGCUCCGCUGGCUGGACCGGCAGCUCAUUCGGCUGUGUCAGAAGUUCGGACAGUUCAACAAAGAUGACCCCACCUCUUUCCGUCUAUCUGAGUCUCUCUCACUUUACCCACAGUUCAUGUUCCACUUGCGGAGGUCACCGUUCCUCCAGGUGUUCAACAACAGCCCUGAUGAGUCAUCCUACUACAGACACCACUUUGUGAGGCAGGACCUGACACAGUCCCUUAUUAUGAUCCAGCCCAUUCUCUACUCAUACUCCUUCUACGGCCCCCCAGAGCCUGUGCUCCUGGACAGCAGUAGCAUCCUCCCAGACCGCAUUCUGCUGAUGGACACCUUCUUCCAGCUGGUCAUCUACCACGGCGAGACCAUUGCCCAGUGGCGUAAGGCGGGAUACCAGGAUAUGGCGGAGUACGAGAACUUCAAGCAGCUGCUGCAGGCCCCUCUGGAUGACGCGCAGGAGAUCCUGCAGACCCGCCACCCGAUGCCCCGCUACAUCGACACGGAGCACGGCGGCUCACAGGCCCGUUUCCUGCUGUCCAAGGUCAACCCGUCCCAGACGCACAACAACCUCUAUGCCUGGGGCCAGGAAACUGGAGCUCCGAUCCUCACGGACGAUGUCAGUCUACAGGUGUUCAUGGAUCAUCUUAAAAAGCUUGCAGUGUCCAGUGCAGCCUAACUCCCAGCCUGAGACCAAAGUGAAGGACCAGGGAAACGAAGUGGAAGGAAACCAUGCUUUCACAUGGGAGCAUAUUGACAUUUCAGACCCAAAAGAUACUUUCUAAUAGGUUACAAAGAUUUUUGCUGCUUGUUUAAUCUGUAGCCUUUUUCCUGAAGCCACACAGUACCUUAAUCUCAUCUUUGGCAAAGUCAACUUGUAUUAGACAAGUUUUACAUUCCCUCAUACCUUCUAAAAUUAUUUUGUGUGUCUGUCUGUCUGUAUGUCUGUCUGUCUAUCCCGGUAUAUUUACUGCUUUAAAAGUGUUUAGUUAUGCUGGAGUCAUUCCUGUGUCUUGACAAAAUUAUGAUUCAAAAUGUUUUGAUGAGAGACAGUCUUUUCAGUUGUUGUGAUAAUACUUAAAAGCUGCCUCUUCAAUGAAGAACAUUAUUAUUGUCAACAGUUUUGUGACUUUCACAGUAACCUCUUGUGUGAGGAACUGCACCAUGUUGUAAAACCUUGUUGACAAUCUGCAUUCGCAUUUUGUAAGUUUCAAAGCAUUUCAAUUUUUCACUCCAGUACUGUGUUGUAUUUGUUAAUACUGUAAAAAUGAUUUUACAUUAAAUCCUAAUUCUCCAUUAAACAAAUGCUAUUCAUGAAAUGGCAAGUGAUGAAAA